AUGUCGUCUGCUGUAGCAGAACUGGAUAAUUACCUCCAGUCGAUGCUGGCUCUCAAGCCACCAGGUGUUUCAGGAUCCAAAAUCAACAGUAUCACGUCACUUUGCACCGCCAACGUCCAGAACGAAUCCGUCCUCAUCCAGAAGAUCUACACUCAUUUCAAGAAAGCACCAGGGACACACAAGUUGGGCGUACUCUAUGUCGUAGACUCUGUAACUCGACAGUGGGUAGAACAAGCGCGCAAGGCAGGGCAACCAUCCGGUAGUGCUGCCCCUGAUGGGACCUUCGCCGCUGGUGUCAACAGAGUGACCGAGCUGCUUCCUAUCCUGAUGACUGAUAUCAUAAACAACGCACCCGAAGAUCAAAAGGAAAAGAUAAAGAAACUGGUCGACAUCUGGGAACGCGGGUAUACUUUUCCUGCCCCCAUGCUUGCCUCAUUCAAGGAGAAACUCAACGCCCCUCCAUCGCAAAAUGUUGAAUCCACCACCCCCGAAGGCUCGCCAGCGCCCAACUACCUCUCCCUGGGAGGGGCUCCUCUGCCCACUAAUGGCGCGGCAUCAUCCACCUCGACUCAACAAGCGCCCGACACUUCCAGUAUUCUAAGGGCUCUGGCGGAUAUGGCUAAACAGAACACUGCCGCACCGGCUGCGCCUGCGGUGGCGGCGCCCGCCAACCCACUUAAUGCCUUGACCCAGCCAGGUACAGUUCUGCAGACCAUGCCCUCUUCUGUAGACCAGGCGUCACAACCCCCAAAUGGGCAGGCUGGUGUAAACCCUUAUGCUCCUGGAGCCAUGGUCACCCCGUUCGCGGCUUUGGGCAAUGUUGCUCAGAACCCAGCCUUGGUGCCCCCACAAAGUCAGAGUCAGAGUCACACUCCCAAUCCCUUAGCGACGGCACAAAACCCACUGGCCGCGCUACUGCCGCCAGCGACUGCAGCACCGGCCCAGCCCAAUACGGUGGGACCAGAUGCACUGCAGCAGCUUCAGCUCCUGCAGCUCUUGUAUGCUCAAGGUAUUCCGCAAGACCAGUGGGGCACCGCGUUGCAGAUCUUGAGCCUGUCGAAUGCCUCCAAUCUAGGCGCGAUGAACCCGGGCCAGGCUCCUCCCCCGUUCAACCUUGCAGCAGGUCAAAACGUCAGCGGUUGGGGGGCCCGCCCGGACUCUCAGUCACGUGAUUAUGACCGGGAUCGGGAGCGUGAAUACAUGCGAUCCCCCCCAGGCCAGUAUGGGCGUCGUCGCUCGCACUCUCCUGGCUAUGAUCGCCGUCGGGAAGCCUCGCCUCCUCGUCGUCGUGACAGUCCCGUUUACGGGGAGUAUCAUGGCGACUCUCCUGGUCGCAGGGGCGGUGAUCCUCGUGGUCGACGCAGCAAUGAAUAUCGUCAGCGCAGUCCUCCCGGCCGCAGGCGCCGUUCUCCCUCUCCCGCUCGCAAGGAUCCUGCUUUGCCCCCGCCUGGACCUAAGUUCAUGGAAUGGGAUUACUCCAUCGGUCAGGGUAAUAUCAAAGUCUUGAGUCGAACUCUGUUCGUUGGUGGCGUCACCUCGUCCGAGGCUCACCUUCGUUCCCUUUUCAGCAAGUUUGGAAUCGUUCAGACUUGUAUUGUCAAUAUUGAUAAACGUCACGCUUUUAUUAAAAUGAUCAGUCGCCAAGACGCUGUCAAUGCUCGAGAUGGAAUGGAAUCAUACAAAUCUGGUGAUAUGCAACUCAGAACUCGCUGGGGUGUCGGGUUUGGACCCCGUGACUGCAGCGACUAUCAGACCGGCGUCAGUGUGAUUCCCAUCGAACGACUGACUGAGGCGGAUCGCAAAUGGAUGCUUACCGCAGAGUACGGUGGCACUGGUGGAAGGUCCAUUGAGUCUGGAAUGGUAGUCGAGGAGCCAGAUAUUGAGAUUGGUGCUGGUGUUUCCUCGAAAGCGAUAAGCAGAAGAAUCGCUACCGAUACUGGCGGCAAACGCGGUCCAGUCUCCUCUCGCGGGCAGCAGGAUCGGUUCCGGCGUCCUGAGCGUGAAGGACCUCCUGCUGGGAUGGGUACCGGUCCCGUUCCGGACAGGGACGUCACCAAUGCCAACAACGUCGGCGUUCCCCCUGCAGUGCCUGGCUUUGGCUUCUCCUUUCCUACGAUGGGCAUGUUUCCCCCUGGAUUCAUGAUGGGAGGGCCACAGGCCGGACCAUCCGGUGGUGGCUCGGCGCAACCGCCUCCUCCAGGCCAAUGA